GUAGGCUUGCCCGUUGCUAUUAGCCCGUUAGCCAAGUUAGCUCUGGUCACUAAUCCUGAUACACUCGCGGAUUUCUUUGCCCUUUUAAGAACCGAGGAAGGGAGUAUUUACCAACCAUGGAGCGAAUAGAGCAUUCGUGGUCCUCUGUCGUUUGUGUCCACGUCGUUAAUUUUUGUGUAGACGUCAAUGUCACAAUUUGCACUUCGAGGGCUCUUCUGUUAGCAUAGGUAGCUUGUUUGGUGUAGCGCGAGGCCAAGGCCACAGAAGAGAAGCUGUUGUGGUAUACAAGCGGAGGUUUUUGUGAAGCCGCCACUGCUAUCUCUUCAGCGUCACCCUCCAAGGAGCCAUGACAUCAUCUGGGUGCUGCCACUUACCUGGAUCCCUUUGUGAUUAUUCUGGAAACACUGAGACUGAUGCCUCUAAAGAUUCAGAGGACUCGGAUUCUACUGCACAAGCGCAGUACAUCGCCAAGGUUACGGCUAAAGAUGGUCGCCCACUUUCCACCGUUGUUAAAGCCGUGAGCCUGCAGAGUGAUGUCGGGAUGUGUCGAAUCUGUCACGAGGGAGCCGGCGGCGAGACACUCCUCUCACCCUGUGACUGCACCGGGACGCUGGGAAAAGUGCACAAGAGCUGCCUUGAAAAAUGGCUUUCCUCUUCUAACACCAGCUACUGUGAACUCUGCCACACAGAGUUUACCAUUGAGCGGCGGCCGCAGCCACUCACGCAGUGGCUGAAGGACCCGGGCCCCCGCAGUGAGAAGCGAACGCUGCUGUGCGACAUGGCCUGCUUUCUCCUCAUCACGCCCCUGGCAGCCAUUUCUGGCUGGCUGUGUCUAAGGGGGGCCCAGGACCACCUGCAACUCAAGAGCAGACUGGAAGCUGUCGGUCUAAUAGCCCUCACCAUCGCGCUCUUUACUAUCUAUAUCCUCUGGACACUGGUGUCCUUCCGGUAUCACUGUCAGCUGUACUCCGAGUGGCGGCGGACCAAUCAGAAAGUGCGCCUGCUCAUGCCCGACAUGAAGGGAGCGCACACCACCCAGCGUUCAGUGCCGACCAAGUCGACCAAGAAAAUGACUGACGAGACCAUCGUAUGAGUGUCCGCCGGUGGCUGGAGGUGUAUUCAAAAUCAGAACCACUGAAGCACUCAGUAGCUAAACUAAACCAUUUUAAAAGAACGUAUGCACUUCAUAUGGCCCGUUCUGAGAGAGGAGAGGGCUGUUUCCUCUGUGGUUCCUUUUAAGGACUGGAUGUAAAUUUCUCUGGGAUUGGCUGACCACACGCGUGGCUGUAGGAGGAACUCACCCCGGAAUCAUAGAUAUUAACUCACUGUUGUCUCUGGGACAAAUCAGUGCUGGGAUUCGGAGGACUGAAAGCGGAUGAUGGACUCGCCAGCCCGGCUGUUUGUCUGUGACACAAACGUAUGAAAUACUAAGACACAAGCUAAUGUAGCAGAACAUUACUGAUUCAGCAUGCUACUACAGUAUAAUAUGAAACAUACUCACUACCUAUAAAGCCCCCUCACAAUGUAUUUAGCUGUUUUAAAGCAGUGGACACGGUAGCUUCGCGACAUGAGCCUGAAAAAUUGACUAAGUCUCUCUGUGUAUAUCUUUUCUUGACAAGUGAGGAAACCCGUUCACGACAUGUCCAUAAGCUAAACCUUUUUUUUUGUGUGUCUGAGAAGUGAAGAUGUACUGGUUUUGGUUUAACAUGUACACAACUCUUUGUAAGGGGUCCAUGAUGUUUGUAUGAAAAUGAAUCAGUUGAGGUCGGCUCCAGGUCAUAGAGAAGCAUUAGGAUCUGAUCUGCUACUUGUAAAUGCACCGUCGAUUCAUUUAGCUGCACAGCAAAAAACAGUGACCGAAAUCACAAAGAUGCAAUUUUGACUAGACUAAAUGCAGUGUUCUUUAAAAGUCAGACUGUUGCUCUGUUUCAAACAGACCUUUGUGCAUCCGCGCAGGUUACAGUGAUGCAAAUGAGGUUCGCGUCGGAGAUGUCAAUCAAUGUAUGCAGCGAACUGCGAAACUGUAUUUUGUGUUAUUGUAGUCUUCCUGCUGCAUCCCCUGGAAAGUUGGGUUAUUGUGCAAUAAAAAACAUGAGGGAC